AUGGAAGACCAGCGCGACCUCAUCUCCAACCAUGAGCAGCUGCCCAUGCUGGGCCAGCGUCCUGGAGCCCAGGAGAGCAAGUGCAGCCGCGGAACCCUGUACACUGGCUUCUCUGUCCUGGUGGCUCUGCUCCUGGCCGGUCAGGCCGCCACUGCCUACUUCCUGUAUCAGCAGCAGGGCCGGCUGGACAAGCUGACGGUCACCUCGCAGAACCUGCAGCUGGAGAACAUGCGCAUGAAGCUUCCCAAGUCUGCCAAGCCUGUGAGCAAGAUGCGGGUGGCCACCCCCAUGCUGAUGCGGGCGAUGCCCAUGGAAGACUUGUUCCAGGGGCCCAUGCAGAACGCCACCAAGGAAGGCAACACCACAAUGGAUCAUGUGAUGCACCUGCUCCAGAGGGCCAACCCCCUGAAGGUAUACCCACAGAUGAAAGGGAGUUUCCCAGAGAACCUGAAGCACCUCAAGAACACCAUGGAGGGCCUGGACUGGAAGGUCUUUGAGAGCUGGAUGCAUCAGUGGCUCUUGUUUGAAAUGAGCAAGAACUCGCUGGAGGAGAAGCCCACUGAAGGUUCACCAAAAGAACCACUGGACAUGGAGGAUCUGUCAUCUGGGCUGGGCGUGACCAAGCAGGAUCUGGUCCAAGCCACCAUGUGA